AUGGUCUCUUCAGCGGAUACAAUUUCGAGUAAAAAUGUUCCCAAUGGAACGGCUAAACACAAACGUAUAAUCAACGUUACUCACAUGAUACCAUACACACCAGUGCUCGAAAACUCCGCACAAAUCUCGCAAAAUCCUUCCAAUUCACAUCAUUGGGUCUUGAAGCCGCGUCGAGGUCACUCUGCUCUUUACUCUGGUUUAAAUUCUUUAAGUUCUACUUGGAAUAAUCAUUAUGUGGGUUACAUUGGAACAAUACUCGACUCUGAAGAAAAAGCAAUUGAGUUUAGCGAUUUUUCAGAAGAAUUUAAACAUACAAUACAAGCACGUUUAAAAAAAGAAAAUAUUUAUCCGGUAUUCCUUGAAAACGCCGAACAUCAUGGUCACUAUGAUGGGUAUUGUAAAUAUGUAUUAUGGCCAUUGUUCCAUUACAUUUUAUGGGAUACCGCUACCGAUGGUCGCGUAGAAAAAACGAGUUGGGAUCAAUACGUUAAAGUUAAUAAAAGAUUCACAGAUAAAAUUGUGGAGAUUUAUAAGCCGGGAGAUCUAGUAUGGAUCCACGAUUAUCACCUUUUGUUGGUUCCUGAAAUGUUACGAGAAAUACUCCCCGAUGCUGCAAUUGGUUUAUUUAUUCAUGCCCCAUUCCCUUCUUCGGAAAUUUUCCGGU